AUGGGUAACAUUGAUAUUGUACCGGCUAGAGAAUCAGCCGACCCUACGGUCGAGAAGGUCAAUGAGGAUGAUUUCGAAGUUUUUCAAAGGGGCGAAGGACAUGUCGACUUUCGUACCGUUGGAUGGCUGAAGGCUGCUGUCAUCUUCACCAAAAUCAUCUUUGCAACCGGUGUUCUGGCAAUUCCAUCCUCAAUGUAUAUUGUCGGCGCCGUGCCUGGUGCAAUCAUCGUUGUUUUCUUCUGCGUGUUGAACACGUAUUGUGGUUAUAUUCUUGGAAAUUUCAGGAAUUCCCAUGCUGGUUGUCAUUCAGUGGCAGACAUGGCAGGAAUUGUUGGCGGGCCUAUGCUGAAAGAAUUGUGUGGUGGGCUUUUUGUGUUGACUUGGGUUAUUUGCUCUGCUUCUGGAAUUGUUGGUGCAUCAACCGGACUGAAUGCUCUCUCUGAUCAUUCACUUUGCACCAACUGGUUCUCUUUCAUUGUCAUGCUUAUCGUGGCUAUCUUUGCCAGCGCUCGCAAGUUUGAGACUAUUGGCUGGCUGACGUGGGCUGGAUUUUUAAGCGUUUUCAUCGCUGUAUUCAUUAUUGUCAUAAGUGUGGGUGUUAUUUCUAGGCCAGCUGCCGCUCCUCAAACAGGGCCAUUUGACCUCGGAUUCCAUAUCGUCGCCAACCCAGCCUUUGCACCUGCAAUUACUGCAGUGCUAACGAUGUUUACCGCCAGUGCAGGAACAUCCGCCUUCCUGCCAGUCGUUUCAGAAAUGCGCCGCCCAAAAGACUACAACAAGGCACUUUACCUAUCUAUGGGCGUUGUCACGGCCACGUACUUGACCUUCAGCGUGGUUAUCUAUUACUACUGUGGAAAAUGGGUAGCAUCCCCGUCGCUCGGUAGCGCCGGUCCAGUUAUCAAGAAAGUCGCGUACGGGAUUGGGUUCCUAGGGCUGAUUGUCACAGCUUGCCUGUGGAUUCAUGUUUCCGCAAAAUACGUCUUCGUACGGAUUCUCCGGAACAGUCGUCACCUUCAAAGCAACACUUUUGUGCAUUUUAGUACAUGGCUUUCAUGCACAUUUGGACUCAGCGUCAUCAGUUUUGUCAUUGCGGCAGGCGUCCCUAUCUUCAACUACAUUCUUAGUCUGGCUGGUAGUGUCGGGUUCGCACCACUCGGGAUCAUGCUGCCAGCUUACCUAUGGAUGUACGAACACAAGGACUAUCGGUCGGGGACGCUUUUUAAGCAAACAGUAUACUGGCUGCAUGUCUUGAUCCUAUGUAGUGGUGCUUUUCUGACAGUUGGAGGAUUUUAUGGGGUGAUCAAAUCCAUCUUGGACGCCUACAAGAAUGGUGAAAUUGGUUCGGCUUUCUCGUGUGCGGACAAUAGUAGUUAG